UCAACGGAAAGAGCCGAAGAUGUCCUCUCGGUCAUGUGAUCAGCUGUGUCCAAUCACAGCUGAUCGCUGACAGCUCGAGAGGAGAGGAGAGCCGGUAACUGGCAUUCCUCGGAGGAGACAUGUACACUGAUCAUCACGGCACUGAUGAUCAGUGUUCCCUAAUGAUCAGUGUAGCCCCAGCAGUGCCACCUGUCAGUGUCCAUCAAUGCCAGCUGUCAGUGCUCAUCAGUGCCACCUGCCAGUGCCCAUCAGUGCCACAUAUCAGUGCCUACCAGUGCACAUCAAUGCAACAUAUCAGUGCCCAUCUGAGCUGCCUUUCAGUGUCACUUAUCAGU